UGGCUUUUGACCCUUGGGUCAUGACUGAGGAGUGUGAGGCAGGUCAGGUGCCAGUGUCGCAAGGUUGGUCGCAAGUGCAAGUAGUUUGCUUCUCGUCGUUUGAGGUGCAUGUAGGACCAAUUUUGCGGCGCCGACGCUCGCCAGACGCUCCCGGACGGUGCAGGGCAGACGCCCGCGGACGACGAUUGAGGGACAUCGGAACGGUCAGGACAAUCGACGACAGCCGUUGAGGCAACGAGCCACGACAGACGACGACAUGGCCGACGAGGACACAGGAAUUCGCGUCGCUGUGCGAAUCAAAAUGAAGAAAGAGGUACAGAGGCUGGAACUGGAGUUGGAGAUGAAGCAGAGCUCUGAUGGAUCAGAAGAGUCGGUAAAUGACAAUAUGGCUCGCAAAAACCAACUUUUGCAAGCCGAGAUCGAGCUACUCAAAGCCAAAGUCAAUGCCCAACAGCAGACCAUAGACAGCCUUACAGCAAAGACUGAAUUUACACCCGAAAUGCAAAAAAAAGAGCACGCCAAAGUCUUCAAAGACUCUCAAAAUCAGCUCAGGCUGUUGAGGAGUGAUUUUUUUGAAUUGAAGAAGACUAAGGUCAGUAAUGCUCGAAAGGCUGAGUCGGCACCUCUGCUGUUCUUGGAUGACGACGAGGAAGAAGAUCGCCAAAUACCAGAAUUGGUCUUGAAACCGUUUGCUGCAAAACCAAGACUAGAGUUCUUAGGAGUCCUUGUUGGAAGCACAAAGUGCCAAAGUUUCCUGAUCACAAAUCCAGAUUCUAGUGAUUUGAGGGUUGAGAUCACAGUUCCAGACAAGAUUCAAGUAGAGUCAAGUCAUUUCAACGUCCCAGCCAAAUCGUCCAUCGAAGUCAACCUUACUUGGGGCCCACAAGAGAAGGGAACAUUUUUUGAGUCAAUCCAUGUAAAAGAUAGCAAAGGUCGACGUGGAAUGGUAUCUCUGGUACUUGAAGCUUUGGUUCCCAUGCCAAAAAAGGAUUUGAAAAAUUCUGCUUCAAUGAGGCCUUCCGUCAACGCUCCUCCUGCUCGGCAAAGCUCAUUCCCUUCUGAUGACGCCCCUAGAGAGGUCCUCAAACCUGUUGCUUCUGCUCGGCAAACACAAUCAUGGAAUAAAUAUGAUACUGGAAUGGUUGAGAUCGAACCAUCUUGCAACACCUCUCGUCGCUCCAGUGCUUUCAAACAACUCUCUGCUGAAACAAUUCCCAAGCCCAAAGAUCUGUUUCAGUUGACAAUGCAUCAGGAAGUUCCCGAGAGUCAUCUAAGCAGCGCCACAUGCAUUGCCGAACAAAGAAAAAGUGACUCUAGUGACGAUACCUAUAUAGCUGACAGAAGAGUGAGCAGCGAGACUGACUUGGCCGAAAGUGGGUUCAGCACAGACACACAUGCCGAAGGCAAAUUAGACAGCGUCGAAGAAGCAUCUGGAAAUUUGACUAUGCUCGAAAACACAGUCUGCUACACUGCUCACAACACUGAACUGCAAAAACUAAAUGAGGUACAUGAGCAAUUUGCCUAUCUUGCAUCCGUUACAAUUCAGACGGCUUGGAGAUGUUACUGUGCAAGGCAGACACUCGCUCGCUUAGUUCAGGAGGACGUACAGAGAAAAACACAGGCUGCUAGCUUGGUCCAGAAGAGAUGGAGAGGAAAAGUUGUCAGGCGCCAUGUGCAGCAAAUGAAGAGAGAAUUGGAAAUCAAGAGAAUCAAAGCAGCCACCGUCAUUCAGUGCAGUUGGAAAUGCUAUGCAGCCAGACAGGCGCUGCUCCGGCUUCGUAAAGAGCAUUUCGACGGAAGACGCAGGACUGCUGCUACUAAAAUCCAAUGCUUCUGGAGACGAGUGUCUGCCCAAAGAGCUCUUGAUCUUUUGAAGGUUCCUGUGCCUACUGUGGUUUCUAUGAAACCUGGACCAAAGCAAGGACCUCUCCCAGCAGUUACAAACCCACUGCCUAAUUCUCCAUCUGACUCUGUCCAGCCUGGCCCUUCUCAAUCUAGGAUGACUGGAAGUGAGGAAGGAGAUGAUACAGCUAACAGUAGGGUUAAAACAUUGGUAAACCUGCUGCAAAGGAAUAACUACACCAUUGAAGACAUAGAAGGAAACACUGCCCACGGUCGACUUGCACCAGGGUCACCUCUUGUUGUGGCCUCCCACUACAUGCAUUUGAAAAAAAAAGCAGCUCAGUACAUGUGGGAUAGAGGAGGAGGUCGUUUUGAAUUCCUCAAGAAUGUUUCGUGUGUCAAGUGCAACGCCAAAUUUGAUAGUCUAGAGUAUUUUAAAUGUAAAAGUUGCAACAAGUACAUCCACAGAAAUUUAAAUUGUGGCUUUUUAAAUGAUAACAUUUGGUCUUGCCAAUUAUGUCUUAAAUAAAAUCCAAUUGUGCUUUUUAAAUUACUUUAA